AUGUAUUUCCUUGACCAGACAAAGGACAAACGUACAAAAUCAUUGACAGAAAUAGGUCCAAAUAAUCAUAUUUUCAGUGCUUUUUCCUUAAGGUUUAAAGAAAUCCGCGAAAAUAUAAAAAAAAAUCUUCGAAUUUCUCUUCAGUGUCCUAAACCCAACAUUCAACAAUUUGAACAUAGUGUCGAUAAUGGUUAUUUAAAGCUCCAUAAAUGUAUUUAUCAAAUAUUUAGAGAGAAGGAGAGACGACAAGCCCGGAAACGUGAGAAGAAAACUAAACAACAGCAGAAAAAGAAAGAUUUGAAGGGAAACGACCGAACCUCUGUUGAUGUUCCUGCUAAGAAUGGAUUAACUAGUGCUUGCUCCCACGAGCCUGAUAUUUGCUCCCAUGAGCCUGAUAUUUGCUGCCAGGAGCCUGAUGUUUGCUCCCACGAGCCUCAUAUUUGCUCCCAGGAGGCUAAUGUCUGCUCCCAAGGAUCCCAUCCUUGCUCUGAGAUAGUUAGCGAUAGUGACAGUGGUCUGGGAUCAGGGAAUAGUGGUGAAACUAGUCCUAUAUAUUCCAGGGAGGACGGGAGGUUUGAGGGUGGAGUCUGGAUAAAGGGCGGAUCUCCUGACCUUGAGCAUGAAGGUCAUCUUCCAGAUCUGGAACCUGCACAAGGAACAUACAGUGGAUGUUGUAAACUCAAUCAAAGCCAAGGAGCCAGAUUCCACGAGCUCGGAAACAAAAAAGAAAAUGGCGCCAACUGUGAUAAAAAGUUGACGGGUGGUCUAGUGUCCGCAGGUGGUGUUGGAAACGGGUUGAACCUGAGCCUCAUGGACCUACUAGAGGAUGAGGAAGAGGAGGACGAGUAUGGAAUAUCUCCGGAGGAAAUAGAACGGUUCCAGUCCAAUCUUCCACAAGUAAACCAGCAGAGGGAACAACUUAGGGAGGUGCUCCGAGAGAAGUUUGCAGCCCUUUGCACCAACAGUUUUCAUUGUUGCAACAGCAAUGAGCACCGCCAUUAGAAACUUCCGUCGGCCACAUGGUCGACUUGCAAGAGGAGGCUCAUUGAACAGAAUUCAACGUAAAAAUUCCCGAAAAAUGAUUUAUUAUAAAACAGUAAAUUCCACAAUGCAUAAACUUUUUAAACCAGCAUUUAG